AUGGAUUCACCUUUGCACCCUCCUCCCCGUGUAACCGCCCUCGCAAGCAAGCCGCUCACCACCAAAAGCGCACAGAAGCGGCUGGAGCUCUUUCUUGAUGAUUUCCAAGCCCGUUCGACCGCCUCGCAAAGCGGGACAACGACGGUGACGGUCCAAGUGGAGAAGUUGCAAAAGGCGUUGAAGGAAGAGAGAGAGGAAAUGAAGAAAGCCAAGGCGUGGUGGGUUGCAUGUUUUUAUCGCGUUUGCGAUUAUAUCGAUGAAAACAUUCAGAACAGUUAA